AUGUCAAUCAAUAUUAUUGCAAGAUCACAACAAAUAGUGUGGAUGACGCAAUGUUAUUCUUCUGCACUUGUCAAUGAUUUAUUUAAAAAAGAAUUCAGUUAUAUUUGUAAUAUAUUAGAACAGUAUAAUCUCAUCAAUAUUUCUAUUGAUAAUGAAGAAAAAAAAGGAAAAGCAUUCCAGUCAUGUAUACCUAUUUUUGAACAUAUUCGAAAAGCUUCAUUGCAUGAUAAUAUUUAUAAUUAUAUCGAACAAAUUCUAUCUACAUUGGGUAUUGAUAUUCAUGGCAAAGAUGGAUUCGAAAAUGUAUUCAAAUCUAUUAUGGAAGAGAUCCAAAAGUUAAAGCUUUGUGUCGAUGCAAGUGCAAUAAGAACAGAAGAACAAGAAAAAACAAUUAAUAAUAUACAAAAACGAUUGGAUAAUCUUGAAUCACAAUGGUUACUUCGAGAUAUUCAAAUCGAUGCUUAUGAAGUCGUACGAUUAUUUCAAUUUUAUUACGUCAAUAAAGUAAUUCGUGAAAAAGCUCCGUAUCUGAAAGAGUGGAAAGAAUGGUCUAAAGUUGAAACAGAAGUUAUUCGAUUAUUGAAAUUAGAUAAACAGAACGUUUUUACCGAUCAAGUACAAAAUCAUUCAAUGGUCGUUCAGCUGUUGGAUCCAAUUGAACAAGAAUUAAAAGAGCGAACAAAUGCAACCAUCAAGUUAAUAGAUCUAAGAAAAAUUGUAUCAGACCGACACGAGAGUGCUCAUCAUAAUCUUCGAACAAUUGCAGAUCAAAGAACACUUAUUCAUAAAUGUGAACAAGCAACAUUUCCAGAUGAUUAUCCAUACAAAAUUAUAUUGAAUCAGAUGGUGGACUGUCUUAAAAAACUUGAUUCUGGUGAUCAAACAAUGUUGCGUCCUUUCUAUUGA